GAAAACUCUCGAUAAAAAGAAGAGCGAAAGCGAGCCAGUCGGGUGCGGACGUGAAGCCCCCGCGUACUUAAAUCCGCCUCAAUCCCCACUCUCAGAUCCGUCUCCUCCUUCUCUCCUCUCCAUUUCUGCUCCCUGCUCCCUGCCCAUCUUGGAUUUGAAUCCCCUCUCGCCUUCAAGCGCGAGCCUUUGCCGUUCUUUCGGCUCGAUCGAAUCCGACCCAGAAGACAGCAUCCGCCGUUCGCGCUCCGGGUGCUCGAAAGAUUCGAUCUUGGUUGGUGGGUAUCCGAGUUUCGGAUCGGCGAGAGCGCAGAGAGGGGGAAGUUUUGUGGGUACUUCUUGCUUUUUCUUGGGACUUAUAUGGUAAGUGAAGGGCUGUGAUGGCAGUGGUGGAGCAGAAGCCGAGUUCCGAUCAGGGCAAGGUCUGGGGCUUCUUCAAGCUGCCGUUCCGGAGCUCGGGGGCAGCGCAGAACAGCUCGUCGUCGGCGUCCGCGGUCUCGCACCGGGGUCACCACCUCCCCGGCGGGCCCCAGGUCGAGGGAUCGGAUGGGCAUCACGGGUCGAGCUCGGUGUCGUCCGUGGCGAAGUCGCUGCUCCCGACGCGGCGGAGGUUGAAGCUUGAUCCGUCCACGAAGCUCUACUUCCCAUAUGAACCUGGCAAGCAAGUUAGGAGUGCCAUCAAGAUUAAAAACAUCAGCAAAUCUUUUGUGGCUUUCAAGUUUCAAACAACUGCACCUAAAAGCUGUUUCAUGCGUCCUCCUGGGGCAAUCCUUGCUCCUGGUGAAAGUAUCAUAGCAACAGUGUUCAAGUUUGUGGAGCAUCCAGAGAACAAUGAAAAACCGAUGAAUCAGAAGAGUAGGGUCAAGUUCAAGAUUAUGUGUCUGAAGGUGAAAGGAAUGAUGGAAUAUGUACCUGAACUGUUUGAUGAGCAGAAGGAUCAAGUGGUGGUAGAGCGCAUACUGCGGGUUAUUUUUCUAGACCCCGAGCGUCCUUGUCCAGCUCUAGAAAAGCUGAAGCGCCAGUUGGUUGAAGCUGAUGCUGCCGUGGAGGCAAAAAAGAAACCUCCAGAAGAUGCGGGUCCAAAGAUCAUUGGAGAAGGGCUCGUCAUUGAUGAAUGGAAGGAGAGAAGGGAAAGAUAUCUUGCGCGACAGCAGGUGGAAGGGGUGGACUCGGUGUAAGGUUUAUUUACCGAGUGAUUUAGUCAGAGUUGAUUAAAAAUUUACAGUACUUUGUUGGCUUCAUUUUGGCCCGUGCCUCUUCGUUUCAAGUGUAAUGUGAGAGAUGUCCCCGAGGAAUUGUGCAGGAAACUACAACUUCAUUUGUAAAAAAAGCGCAGUUAAUUUUCUGUGAUUUGAGGUGCAAGAUACUCGGUGCUUGUAGAUAACGUGGGUUUCCUCCUUAUCAUACAUGAAAUUGUCCGUUUAGUUGGCUGAGUCUUUCGAGGCACCAA